AUGCCUGGAUCUACUCAGUGCACCCUUCGUAAUUCAUCCCGCAAAACGAAAGAACCUAUCAGCACAUCUCAAACCGUUUCUCAAUCCAGAAAUGAUGAGAUUGACGUCGAAUCGCUCCCUUGUGCUGAAAUCAUAAACGAAAUUUUGGAAAGAAACACAGAUCCUAUCAUUAAGAAGAUGGUUCUUGCCUUGAAAACAAAAAUUACACUAGAAGUGGCUGAGGGAGCUGAAGCUGAAAAGAGGGGCCGCAGUAUUGUGACCACUGGCUUAGCGGAAUUGAGUGCUGAUGAAUCUUUGAUAGAAAGACACAGGGACUUCGAAGAAAAAGUGGCCAAUGUUCUCGACGCGUUUGAAGUUGACUGCCUGCCCGAAGUAGCUUACAGGUUGGGAAAGUUCAACGAUAACAAGCUACGUCUUGUUAACGUCUUUGUUGUACUCGCUUCUCGCUCCCACUGGGCAAAGGCUCUAUCAAGAGCGCACCUCCUACGCCGCUCAAGCCUUUCGAACAUAUUUGUACGUAAAAGCAUGACCGCGGCAGAACGAAAACGGGAUUAUGAGUUAAGGCACGAAGCUCGCCUGAGAAAUGAACGGCCAUCUACGCGUGAGUGGGUGGUUUACAAAGAUGCUCUCACUCACGUCACCGAACUUCCCCGAGAACCAAUGACGGGAAACUUAUAA